AUGACGUAUUCGACCAAGAUCAUGGCCGCCAGCAGUGGCGUGCCCUACGCCCAAAUGAAAAACAAGGCCGGCACGUCACACCCACCCACCCACUCACCCACCCACAUUGUGGUGCUAUUGCACGGUGCGACUGUGGAUGCUACGGUUGCCGCCGUGCAAUCGGCGAUGAACGAGGUCAGCGGCCAGCUCACCUCCGAGUACCUUGGACUGGAUGUGCUCGACGGCAGCCUUGCGACGUCGUGGCCCAUCUGUAUGAUCAGCUACGUGGUGACGCGGGCCAACUUCACCACCUCGGACUGCACCUACAUCGAGGGGUUGCUUGAAUUCUUUGCCUGGUCGCAGCUCAACCAAUACGCCAUCGACAACUCCCAAAAGCUGGGCUACGCGCCCCUGUCCUUCGGCUACAAGACUAAGUUGAUCGACAAUCUGGGCCAGAUCAUCUGCAACAACGAGCGAGCAUUCAAGCUGUCGUGGCUCAUCGGCGAAGGCCUCAAUUUCAACCUGUACACCAAGUGGAUGGACAACUACGACAGCGCCAACAUCCGGCUGCGCUACUUCCAGGGCGCCACCCCCGUGGCCAUCGCCGACAUGGCCGCCUAUAACGUCGACUUUGGCGGUAUCAGCACUCCGCUCAGCGCGGCUCAGCAGGCGGCGCAGCCAGACGUGGUCUCGUUGCCCAUCAUCGCUUACGCAGCCGGGCCUUCAUACAACGUGCCCGAGUUGGUUGGCAAGGAAAAAUUGCUGUUCACCUUGUCGGUGGUGGCCGACAUCAUGCUCGGCAUUGUCGACAACUGGAACCACUCGGCCAUCCGCGAGCUCAACCCGACUUUGGCUCAGUACCUUCCCGAUCAGCCUAUCAUGGUGGUCACCCCCACGGGCGCGCCAACAGUGAUGCUUCUAAUGACCGAGGCCCUGAGCCAGGCCAGCGAGUCGUUCAGGAACAUCGUUGGAGUCGGUGCGAACGUGCAUCUCCCCGUGAAUGAUCUGGGCCGCAACAUCAACACGUCGGAUCCCUCCUCCUCAAUCUUGAACGCGACCUAUUCGAUGGGCAUCUGGCUGAACGAGCAGAUGCGACUUCUGCGGACGACGGUAUUUGCGGACCUCAUCAACCCGGCAGGCAAUCGCGUGUCGGCCAACUACGCUUCCCUGGUCUCGGCCGUCGACGAUUUCAGCAGCCAGCCCAACGUAACCAAUUUCAUUCUCGGCCCAGGCGCAAACAGCUGGCCCAUAGCCACGUAUCAUCAAUUCAUGAUUCGCCGUUCGACCAUGAUCGACUGUACCAAGGCCCAGGCGCUUCUCGACUGGCUCUACUGGACCCAGGCCAGCGCCGAGGCGCAAGACUUGGCCAUCAAGUACGUCCCACCGGUGAGAGAGCGACUGCUGGACUUCCUCGCCAGCGCGACGUGCGGCGGCGUGGCCGCGAGCUCGCUCCACGACUGCAUCGCCAACAGCACCCUGUGCUCGGAUCGCGGUCAGUGCGUCGCCGGCGUCUGCCAAUGCAACACCGGCUUCGAGGGCGACCUCUGCCAAUACGUGACCGUCGAGUCGACCAGCAGCGUGCCGCUCGACAUCAUCCUCGGCACGGUCAUACCCGUGUCCUUAGUCCUGCUCCUAUUGCUGGUGUGUCUCGUGGUGGGUCUGGUGCUGUGGGCGCGCCACAACCGGCGCACCGACGACGACUGGGAGGUGGACAUGGGCGAGAUCGAGUUAGGCGAGCAGCUGGGCGCGGGCGGCUUCGGCGUCGUCAACAAGGCCGUGUGGAAGGGAACCGAAGUGGCGGUGAAAAUGAUGACCGCCGACGCCAACACCCGCGAACUCGAGCGCAACUUCAAAGAAGAGGUAGCGUUGAGGCACCCCAAUGUGGUGCUUUUCAUGGCUGCGUGCACCAAGCCACCCAAGAUGUGCAUCGUAAUGGAGUACAUGUCGCUCGGGUCCCUCUUCGACCUGCUGCACAACGAGCUGAUCUCGGACAUCCCCUUCGUGCUGCGGAACAAGAUGGCCUACCAGGCCGCCAAGGGCAUGCACUUCCUCCACUCGUCGGGCAUCGUGCACCGCGACCUCAAGUCCCUUAAUCUGCUGCUCGACAACAAGUGGAACGUCAAGGUCUCCGACUUUGGUCUGACCAAGUUCAAGGAGGAGAUGAAGCGCGGCGGAGGCGACAAGGAGAUGCAGGGCAGCGUCCACUGGAUGGCGCCCGAGAUUCUCAACGAGGAGCCGGUCGACUACAUGUUGGCCGAUAUCUACAGCUUCGGCAUCAUCCUCUGGGAAUUGGCCACGCGUCAACAGCCCUACUUCGGACUAAGUCCGGCGGCGGUGGCGGUGGCGGUGAUUCGGGAUGGAGCGCGGCCCCAGCUGCCGGAAAACUCCGACGAAGAGGGGACCAUGGCCGUCCCGUCCGAGUUCCUGGAUCUUAUGAAAACCUGCUGGCAUCAGGACCCCACCAUUCGUCCCUCUUUCCUCGAGGCGAUGACCAGGCUGAGCACCCUCGGAGGCGACACGGGCCUGUCGUCCAUGGGCAAGACCACCACGUCGUCCUCAUCCGGCACGGGCGACCACACCAACAACUCCAAGUUCGAAUCCUGGACUCUGCCGUCCAUCAGCAAUGGCGGCUCCUCCUCCUCUUCUGGGAGGGACGGAUCGGCGGCGGCGGCGGCAGCGGCUGGAGCCGCCGGCGUGCGGCCGCCCGAGGGCGAGGUGACGAUCGUGUUCUCCGACAUCACGCGCGCGGCUUCGCUCUGGGAAUUCUGCGCCGAGGCCAUGCGCGAUGCCACGCUCCUCCACAACCAGGCCCUGCGCGCCCUGCUCAAGAAGCACCGUGGCUACGAGGUCCUCUUCGCCAGGGACAGGAACAGCGGCGAGGGUUCGUUCUGCAUGGCCUUCCAGCACACGAGCGACGCCGUGCACUGGUGUAUGGAGGCGCAGAAGGCGCUGGUGGACCUCGAGUGGCCCGCCACCCUGCUCGAGCACCCGGGCGCUGCCGAGGAGUGGAACGACGGCGACGACACGGUGCUCUACAAGGGCCUGCGGGUGCGGAUGGGCGUGCACGCGGGCGAAGCCCGCACCAGGCGCGACGCAAUGACCCGCCGCGUUGAGUACAGCGGACCUGUGGUCAACGCCGCCGCGCGCAUCACGGCCAUGACCCAUGGCGGCCAGAUCCUCCUGUCGCACACGGCACACGCCAAGCUGAAGGACUCGGAGCUCAUGCAGCAGGCCACGCGCAUCGUGUGCCUCGGCAAGUUUGAAAUGCCCGAUGCCCCGAGCGGCGCCAAGCUGUACGAGCUCAAGCCGCCUGGGCUGGAGGGUCGCUUCUUCGGCGGCGUCACGCGCGGUCCCGACGCCGAGCUGAGCCCGUCGUCGGGCACCAUGUCGAAGCGCAGCGGCGACCACCCGGGCGACGCGGACGACGACGAGCAGUCGGUCAAGAGCCACAAGACCAAUGGCAGCGCCGACACGGACGACAACGAGCUGCAGACCGCGGUGGGUGAGGGCAUGCUGUUCAAGGAGGACAACUACCUCACCUCGGCCAACCUCUGCCGCUGGGUCAUCGACUACAAGGAGAUCGCGCUCGGCAAGCAGUUGGGCAUGGGCUCGUAUGGCGUAGUGUGGCGCGGCAAGUGGAAGGGCGUCGACGUGGCGGUGAAGCGGUUCAUCAAGCAGAAGCUGGAGGAGCGACGCAUGCUCGAGUUCAGGGCCGAGAUGGCCUUCCUCGCCGAGCUGCACCAUCCCAACAUCGUCCUCUUCAUCGGAGCCUGCGUGAAGCGACCCAAUCUGUGCAUCGUGACCGAGUUCGUGAAGCAGGGAAGCCUGCGCGACCUGCUGGCCGACAGCAGCGUGAAGCUGACCUGGCGCCACAAGGCCAAGAUGCUGCGCAGCGCGGCCCUGGGCAUCAACUACCUCCACUCGCUCCAGCCCGUCAUCAUCCACCGCGACCUCAAGCCCUCCAACCUGCUCGUCGACGAGAACCUCAACGUCAAGGUCGCCGACUUCGGCUUCGCCCGCAUCAAGGAGGAGAACGCCACCAUGACUCGCUGCGGCACUCCCUGCUGGACCGCGCCGGAGGUGAUUCGCGGUGAGAAGUAUUCGGAGAAGGCCGACGUGUUCUCGUUCGGCGUGGUGAUGUGGGAGGUUCUCACGCGCAAGCAGCCCUUCGCCGGGCGCAACUUCAUGGGCGUGUCGCUCGACGUGCUCGAGGGCCGCCGGCCGGCAGUGCCCGCCGACUGCGCGCCGGCCUUCAAGAAGCUCAUGAAGCGCUGCUGGCACGCCCAGGCCGACAAGCGACCGUCCAUGGAGGACGUUAUCGCCCAGCUCGACCUCAUGGUGGGCGACCGCGAUGACGACCGCGCCUUCGACGCCAGCAACGGCGCCAUCGGCACAGUGUUAGAUGCCGCCGAUGCCGCCGCCGCCACCGAGAGCGCCGCGGAUGAGCUCGAGGAUCUGGUUGAGCAGGUCGAUGAGGGCCGGCGGCAGGUUGCCGUUGAGCAGGCCGGCGAUGGCGCAGAGCAGGUUGCCCAGCAGGUUGCCGGGGCCGGGGAUGGCGGUGAUGUCCAGCACGAUGGUGUCGAGGUGGAUCACGAGGCCCAGCAGAUUGAGAUCUAG